CAGCGAGACAUCCAAUCCAGCAUUACGGCUCCCACGGCACAAGGGGCUGGAGAUUUGGCCCUAAAGCUUCAGGGUACCAAAGAAAUUCAGUCGAACAGCCCACCAGUUCUCUCCAUAGGGACCUGGGUCCCGUGAAUGCUAGUCAUCACACACCCUGAGGAAUAAAGAUUGGAAUCCGCUCUGGAUGCUGGAAGUUGACUCGGAGAAAACUGCGACAGGAAGGAAAUGGCGGCUCUGCAAAAGUUGCCACACUGCAGAACGGUGGUCCUGCUGUGCUUCCUUUUGGCGACCCUGUGGGAGGCCAGGGCCGGGCAGAUUCGCUAUUCUGUGCGGGAAGAGAUCGACAGAGGCUCCUUCGUAGGCAACAUCGCCAAGGACCUGAGUUUGGAGCCCCUGGCACUGGCAGAGCGGGGAGUCCGCAUCGUCUCCAGAGGUAGGACCCAGCUCUUUGCUCUGAACCCGCGAAGUGGCAGCUUGGUCACUGCGAACAGGAUAGACCGGGAGGAGCUCUGCGGUCAGAGCGCGCAGUGCCUCUUGAAUUUUAACAUCCUGCUGGAAGAUAAAUUGACGAUUUAUUCAGUAGAGGUGGAAAUAACAGAUAUUAACGAUAAUGCCCCUCGCUUUGGAGUAGAGGAACUGGAGCUAAAAAUCAGUGAAACCACUACGCCAGGAUUCAGGAUUCCUCUUAAGAGUGCGCAUGAUGCGGACGUAGGUGAGAACGCCCUUCGGAAGUACGCACUCCACCCAAAUGACCACUUCUCCCUGGACGUGCGAAGUGGAGUUGAUGGGAACAAGUACCCAGAACUGGUGCUGGAGCGCGCUUUGGACCGCGAGGAAGAGGCUGUUCAUCACCUCGUUCUCGUAGCUUCCGAUGGGGGUGAUCCAGUGCUAUCUGGCACCUCCCGCAUCUGCGUGAAGGUCCUGGAUGUGAAUGACAACGCUCCUGUUUUUACACAGCCCGAGUACCGCGUAAGCGUCCCGGAGAAUACGCCCGUGGACACUCUGAUACUCACAGUGACUGCCACUGACGCAGAUGAGGGCUACAACGCUCAAGUGGCAUAUUUUCUAGAGAAAAGUCUUGGAGGAACCUCAGAGGUAUUUGAGCUUAAGUCAACAUCUGGAGAUCUGAGACUCAUAAAAGUUCUAGAUUAUGAGGAGGCUACAUCCCAUGAAAUUGAUAUUGAAGCUCAGGAUGGUCCGGGCCUUCUGACCAGAACGAAGGUUAUCGUCACAGUUCUGGACGUGAAUGACAAUGCUCCAGAAUUUUACAUAACAUCUGCUAGUAGCUCAGUUUCUGAAGACUCUCCUCCAGGAACCAUAAUUGGGCUUUUUAAUGUAUAUGAUAGAGACUCUGGACAGAAUGCAUUCAUCACCUGUUCACUCCCCGAUAAUCUUCCUUUUAAGUUAGAAAAGUCAGUGGACAAUUACUACCGAUUGGUUACAACCAAAGCCCUUGACAGGGAACAGUUUUCCUUUUACAACAUCACUCUAACCGCUAAAGAUGAAGGGAACCCCUCCCUGUCCACGGAUGCUCACAUUUUGCUACAGGUGGCAGACAUCAACGACAAUGCGCCCGCCUUCUCCCGCACAUCCUACUCCGCCUACAUUCCCGAAAACAACCCCAGAGGAGCCUCCAUCUUCUCAGUGACCGCCCAUGACCCCGACAGCAACAACAAUGCUCACGUAACUUACUCUUUCAUGGAGGACACCAUUCAGGGGGCACCCUUAUCCUCUUACAUCUCUAUGAACUCUGACACUGGGGUCCUCUAUGCACUGCGCUCCUUUGAUUAUGAGCAUUUCCGAGACUUGCAACUGUGGGUGAUAGCGCGGGACAGCGGGAACCCUCCACUCAGUAGCAAUGUAUCCUUAAGCCUGUUCGUGCUGGACCAGAACGACAAUGCGCCUGAGAUCCUGUACCCCGCCCUCCCCACAGACGGUUCUACAGGCGUGGAGCUGGCGCCCCGCUCGGCAGAGCCUGGCUACCUGGUGACCAAGGUGGUGGCGGUGGACAGAGACUCGGGCCAGAACGCCUGGCUGUCCUACCGCCUGCUCAAGGCCAGCGAGCCUGGACUCUUCACGGUGGGGCUGCACACGGGCGAGGUGCGCACGGCGCGGGCCCUGCUGGACAGAGACGCGCUCAAGCAGAGCCUCGUGGUGGCCGUCCAGGACCACGGUCAGCCCCCUCUCUCGGCCACUGUCACGCUCACUGUGGCCGUGGCCGACAGGAUCCCCGACAUCCUGGCUGACCUGGGCAACCUCGAGCCCUCUGCCCAAACCGACGACUCGGACCUCACGCUGUACCUGGUGGUGGCGGUGGCCGCGGUCUCCUGUGUCUUCCUGGCCUUCGUCAUCGUGCUGCUGGCACUCAGGCUGCGGCGCUGGCACAAGUCACGCCAGCUGCAGACUUCAGGAGGCAGCUUGGUGCCCAGUUCGCACUUUGUGGGCGUGGAUGGGGUGCGAGCUUUCCUGCAGACCUAUUCCCACGAGGUCUCACUCACCGCGGACUCGCGGAAGAGUCAACUGAUCUUCCCCCAGCCCAACUAUGCAGACACGCUCAUCAGCCAGGAGAGCUGUGAGAAAAAGGAUUUUUUAACAGCACCUCAAUCUCUACUCGAAGAUGAAAGAGAAGAAACGUUUCCUCAGGUAAUCUAUCUUUUCACAAUGUACAUACUAGCUAGUUUGCUGAAAUAAUUCACUUACUUGCCUCCACUGUUUGCUAUAUCUAUUUUGUUCCCCAAAUUUUCUUGAGGGUAUAGUCAAGUUUUAGGAAGCGAGUCUUGGUGAAUUACUUCUUGGUAGGUCUUUAUGUUCACAGGCUGUAAGAGGAAGAAAAGGUUAGAAUCGCUGUGCCAUGAAUGUAAACCAGGAGUUAAUAGAUGAUUAUCGAAAGGGCACUGCAUUAGUGACUUGGGUGUCUGGUUUCUCAUACUUUCUUCUCCACCCCUGGGCAAAUCAUCUCAUCCACCAGAUCAACAAUUUUUUCUGUGUUAAAAAUAUAAAGUUUGGAAUUAAUGCUUACUCAGGUCCCUUCUUUUAAAAUAUGACUUUUAUUUUGUAUUUGAAUUUGUGUAUGAACAGUGAAACACCUUCGUUGGUUAGUUCUUUCUCACUCUUAAUGUAUUUCUUUCAGUUUGGCAGUGAAGUUGUUUUCCUUAAGCUGCAUGUCCUUCCCUAUCAAAAAAGAUGGAAAUAUAGAAAUAUACAUUCUUUACAGUGUUUCAGGAAGGUGUGUCAUGUUAUCUUGGCUUAGUUUUAAAAAUCGCAUUAGCCUCUAAGCUAUCUGUUCCUUGAAGAAGCAACCGAUUUAUCAUUUGCUCUAUAAUAAAUUUGUAGAGUAAUAGUAAACAGAUUUCUCUUCUUUGUUUUUUUUUAUCUUUCUCAUAUGUGGGAACCAUAUUGCCUUUUAAUCUUUAAAAUAAUAUAUGUCCUCAAUACAGUUUUGUUUAAAGAAAAGAUACAAAUACAAAAAUUUGUAUCAUACAAUUGCCCAUAAAGAUCUUUGUUCUUCUGAAGGUUUCCUACUCACAGUAGCUGCUAGAAAUGUUCCCAAUCCCUCACCCAAUCCCAGUGCCCCUCUGAUCAAUUUUCUUUUUCCAUUCCUCGUCUUACAUUGGCUUUUAGUAUGUUGGCUAUGUAUUGCGUAACAGAAAAUAAUAAACCCACUAAUAUUCUAUGUAACUGGUAUCAUUUAAAAUUUUUAUUUGGGAAUUAUCAUACACUAAUUGAGGCUUUUAUUUAAUGAUACCGUAUCUCUCAAAGUGCUAUGAUUCUUUAUGUCACAUCUGAUUGAGGAAAAAUUUUCUGAGACAACAUGUUGUGUUGGUUACUACUAUUACGUAAUUAUCUAUUAGUAAAAUUGGAACUCACUGUGCAAUAAUAUGUCAUAUCUUUACUUGUAAGUGAAUAAUAAAGUAUAAACAGGAAAAUCAAACAAAGUUAUUUAUACUGUGUGUAGUAACUCCACAAGAAUAAAUGCCUUAUGCAUAGAUAUGUAAUGCAUCGUGAUUAAAAUGAGAAAUAUAUUUAUAUUUCUGUAAUUGGAAACUUACAGGGAAAGAGAUUCUGGAACACGAAAGCUUAUUUCUACUAGUUUCAGUUGUGGGUUUUGAAAAAACAUCCUUACUGUCUCGAUUUAAACAAAGAGAACUUUCAGUACCCUGAGGGUCUGUGAUUUCUCUCUCACAUCUAGGCAUUGUUAUGCUGUUUUCUCUCAUAUCCAGGCCUUUUCACUGAUCCACUCCCUCAUGUUUCCUGGGAAAGUCUUUGCUAACCUCAAAGGCCCAAUUGAAGGCCCCCCUAACCCCCUUGACCUCUCCCAUUAUGACAAUUAUCUCAGUAUGCUGCAAUUCCAUGUUUGCUUUUAUAUCCUUAUAAUCUCUGUGAAGGAAGUGACUGUGUCUACAUUGCUCAUCUUAAUCCCCAGACUAACAUAUUGUCUGACACCUAAUUGUGUGUUUGCUUAAUGAAUACUAAAUAACAACAAAUAUUGAGAUUAAGUUAUCUGGCUGCCAAGAACAAACUUAAUGAAAUAUAAUGUAUAAAU